CACUAUGUAAACGUUAGUGCGCGUUGAACCCACAGACUGUAUAAAAACGUUCAACCGGUUCCACCUCUACUGCGCAGCGUCAUAUUCACGAAAGGAAACGCGCCUCGGGUUUGUCCGUAAUGCAACGCAAUUUGCGCAGAGCUCAGAGUAAUGGCGGCUGCGCGAGACAAGCUCACAAGACUCACGAAAUGAAGCGACGGAGGGAACACUGAUGCUAGUGGAGUGCCUUUAGAAGGGUUUGUGGGCGCGGGAUCGCAGCGAGAGGCGCAGACUUGGCAGCAGUUGAGGACUUUGAUCGGUUGAGCGCGAUGAUAAAGCUCAAGUCCGACCAGACGCGCACUUACGACGGAGACGGCUAUAAGAAGCGCGCGGCCUGCCUGUGCUUCAGGAGCGAGCGCGAGGAGGAGGUGCUGCUGGUGAGCAGCAGGAGUCAUCCGGAGAGAUGGAUCGUUCCCGGAGGAGGGAUGGAGCCGGAGGAGGAGCCCAGUGUUGCUGCUGUCAGGGAGGUGUGGGAGGAGGCAGGAGUAAAAGGUACAUUAGGACGAUUGGUGGGCGUUUUUGAGAACAGAGACCGGAAGCAUCGAACGUAUGUCUAUGUUCUCAUCGUCACUGAAGUUCUGGAGGACUGGGAGGAUUCAGUAAAUAUUGGGAGGAAGAGGGAGUGGUUUAAGACGGAAGAUGCCCAGCGUGUGCUGCAGUGUCACAAACCUGUGCAGGCGUCUUACUUCGAAGCCCUUCAGCAGGACUGUAUGACCAGCAACGGCACUUACAACAUGAAUCCAAACUCUCUCUCCAGCAUCAGAUAACUAGCACAACAAGCACAGAAGCCUUCUCCAGCUUUUCCUUCCCGACUGAACUCCUACUGCAACUACUAUCACGUCUUUUUUAUUUCAUCGCAUUAAUGGCUACAUCACAUGAAAGCUGAUUGCCUUACUGGCCUUUUUUAGUGUUCAGAUGAAGAGCACGGUCUGGGGACAUUUUAAGGAAUACUUGCAUGAGAUUCUCUUUGCCUAAUGCCAGGAUUACUGAAUGCAAUUACACUUUACUCUUGUGUCUUGAAAUAAGUAGUGUUUAAAGAGAAAGCUGUGUUUGUAAUGAUGUUUGCUCCUUUCAUUCUGCGCUGUUUGCCUUUAGCCUCUGUGGAUAUGCUGUUAUAUAGAGUUGGUUGAGUUUCUGCAUGAGUCGCGUAAUUGUAGUCUUAGUUCUUUAAACUGCUACACAACAGAGCUCACGUCUUAAAUUGAUCAAAGUCGUUGAAAUCGCAGUCUUAUUGCCAAUAUUACACAAUCAAGUUGGGAGUUUCUCUCAAGCGCAGCUACGGUCACGUUAGCUUUCACGAGGACAUUUUCAAAAACUAGUGCUGUCAAACGAUUAAUCGCAUACAAAAUAAAAGUUUUUGUUUACACAAUA